UUUUACACUCGACCAAGUGAUUAGUGAUUUUUUUUUUUUUAAUACGUGAAAUUUAUAAAAGUAAUUCAAACAAACGAAAGACAAACUGAUAAAAGUGAGUGAUGUCGUCGGAGAUAUGGCUAUGCGUCACAAUAUGAACAUGGACCAGAACUUCCUCCCCGCGGACCCCCCACCCGCUCCAGACGUGUACCAGCCCAAGACGGACCUAGCCAGCGAAUAUUUCAACACGUUCAACCAAAUAUGCGAGAACUACCGAACUGACUCCGAUGUCAAUCUUCGGCAAACAUCGGAUACGCUUCGGCUAUCGUCUGAGAUCCUAGACGGCGCUCGGGACGAGUUCAUAAGCACAGAUUUCUUGGUGAAGAACAAGGAGUACCAGGCCGAAUAUGCGGAGAGAGUUUUUAUGAGUGGGAAAGAUGAGCAGAUCUUUCAGUUUGGACAGCCGGAUGCUUCAGCCCUACUCAGGCAUAGGGCGAGGCGAAGAUACAACGAGGAGCAUGGUCUGCCGACGACGGUGACCAGCCAGGAGAGUGGGUAUGGCAGCGAUGAAUUCGGUCACGACUCGCCCAGCCGGUACGCGUCUCCGAAGGGGGCCGGCAACAGCGCUGGCUACCAGGAGCCGUACUACGGCGGCGAGUGGGCGGCGGGCUACUACCAACCGCCACCGCCGCCGCCCUACCACCAUGACCCCUACGCUACGUCACCUGGUAUAGCAGGCGCGCCGGCGGCGGACACGAGUUCGACGGGCGGCGCCGAGCUGCCGCUGCCGCCAAUGUCAUCGUUCAGGGCGGCUGCGCCCGUGCACUCGCCCAGCGAUCCCAUGAUCGUAGCGAAACCGCCCAUGCAGCCGAUGUACGCGGGCGCGGCCAGCACGCCGGGCGCGGGCGGCGAGGCGGGCAGCCUGUCGUCGUACGGCUCGUCGCCCUCCACGCCCGUGCACUCGCCCCCGCCGCUGCACGCUCGCCUCUACCCCCCGCUCAAGCACUCGCCGCACCACCCGCACCACGCGCACCACAACGGACAGCAAGCAAACUGGGUAGCGACGGGAGUUUCGUCACCGCCCACCGCCUCCACCCCGCACGCGCCGCUGCCCGGCUCCGUCAUACCGAACGGUCACCAGCACGUCGUGUUCCCACCGGUUAUGGGCGCGCCGGCCGAGCAGCGACAGCUCGACGAGGCGAUGGUCUUCCUCCGCGAGCACUCUGACGUGGGGACCGGUGUAUUCCAGGGAGCCCGGAUGGAGGAGCGGCUGGACGACGCCAUCAACGUGCUGCGCAACCACGCGGAGGCGCCCGAGCUCUACCCGCAGGACGUGCACCAUCCCCACCAGCCGCCGCCCGUGAGUCGCGUGGGGGGUCCGCUGCCGCACCUGCACGCAGAGCCGCCCGUCAAGAUGGAGAGACACCUGUUGCCCAACACCAAGAAACGCAAAGAGCCCCCGGACUCCGGCCUGGACUCGAAGCCGUCGUCGUCGGGCUCGGCCGACGCGCUGGGCAAGGCGGCCGGCAACAAGCGCUCGCGUCGCUAUUGCUCAUCAGCCGACGAAGGCGACGACGAGUUGGACCCGCAAGCGAAGGCGCUCAGGGAGAAGGAGAGGCGGCAAGCGAACAAUGCCAGGGAAAGGAUAAGGAUAAGGGAUAUCAACGAAGCGCUGAAGGAGCUCGGUAGGAUGUGUAUGACUCACCUCAAGAGCGAUAAACCUCAGACGAAACUGGGCAUAUUGAAUAUGGCCGUGGAGGUCAUCAUGACGCUGGAACAGCAAGUCAGAGAGCGCAACCUCAACCCGAAGGCGGCGUGCCUCAAGCGGCGCGAGGAGGAGAAGGCGGAGGACGCGCCCAAGCUGCUCGCCGCGCCGCUGCACCACUACCAGCCCAUGCCGGGCAUGGGGCAGGUGUCCGGGCAGCCCCCCUCCGGCGCCCCGCAGCAAUAGCGACUCCCGCGCGCCUGCGCGCUGCCCUAGACCGCACUACCGCCGCCGCGCAGCCCUAGCCGGCACUAGGGCGCCGGGCUCCGUGUGUCGCGCUCGAUGUUGACGAUGGUUUCGUUUCGGUUUGUAAAUAGCACCGGAUUCUCCGGUUACUCCCCGUCGACUAGUUUUCUAUUCUAUCCCUCGUUUCCGUUCUCAGUGUUUCGAAUAUGUUUGUUUUAAAUCUGUCGAAUGUCAAAAUCGAUGUAAAUCGAAAGCGAGCGACACACGGCCGCCUCGAACGGCGUUCCUCUUAAGUAAUAGAAAAGCCAGUGAUGGAAUCCCCAGAGACGCUCGCGGUCUGCAGCCGACGGCGUCCCUCGGGUACGCUUGCGUCUGUACGUUUUCGUUUAAUGUUAUUUUAUUAUCUGUGGUGAAUAUCGACCGACGAUUUCCAAAGAGUGUAUCGGAAGCAGUGCGUAGUGAAACAGUAAAUGGACUAUAGUAGUUAAGUGUGUAUAUUAUACAUUUAGUUUUACUACGGACGUGACGUCGUGUGACGUCACAGGCGCCCAAAGACAGUGGGAUACUUGUAACAUAGCCUAGGUAGGUUUAGAAUAAUUGAUAAAUAUAUGGAAAAAAAGAUAUUUUUAAUUACCGAUUUUAAUUUCGCUGCCAUAAGCGUAGGUUUAAGGUUCGGGGCCCAUUUUUCUUAUGGCAACACCGCUCGUCCUAUCUAUAUUUUUCUGUUUGUUUGUUUUUUUUUUUCGUUGGGAGUUUUAUCGUUUAACGCUCAGGAAUACAAGCUCGACAAUAAUCGAAAGUGGGCUCCGGAUAAUAUAUGAAGUUAUAUGAUUUGAGAGCGUAUGGAUGACGUUUGGAGCGAAUUUGUUAAAUUUUUUUUAAUUGUGAAUCCGCCAUUUUAUAUACAGAAGGCGUUUUUUUAAACGAUGUUGUGUAAACGCUCGUUAUUUCGUGUAGCUAUGUGUUUUGUAAACGUGUCGAGGUCGUCGCGCACGGCGCAUCGGCCGUGCAUUACGUGCGUGCGUUUACAAGAAACAUUGAAAUUAUAUUGGCUGCUAACUUAAAUAUGUACUUAGAAUGAUUGUUUACGUAUUCAAAUCCAGUGAUUUUAUUUCAUCCGGCGUCUACGCUUUACGCGUAGAUUUUAUUUUUAUUUUUUUUUUUUACUUUAUACACCCAUGUUGAAAAAAUAUCGUGUACUUAUUUUUAUUAUUAUUAUUAUUAUUUUCAAUUAAAGUUUACCGCACAGAUUAAAUUUGAAAAUUGUGAUUAAUAAAAUUGUUGAUUUUUAAUUUAUUGAUCGUAUGACGCAUGAAGUAUAGCAUGUACUUGAAUUCCGUAUUAUUAUUUUUUUAUAUGUGUAUUUAUUGUGCGCGGUAAACUUUAUUCGACAGAUGAAACGGACGUUUUUCAUUUUAAUGAAUUCUAUGUUGAAGAUGUGUGGGAUUAAAACGAAACAUGGAGGUUCUCUGUUAUGAUGAAUGGCGAAACUAAUUUAUUUUAGAAAAGAAAUAAUAUAGACAUAAUAAAAUGCCAUACUAGUGUAUAUUUAAUUGUUAACGGAAUUAAAACAAUCAAGUCCCGCACAUGGAACGUUCGUUUUGCUCCCUACGUGUGUAUUCUCCGACUUCACAUGGUUACGACGAUCGCGUAAAUAUUGUAAAUAAAAUUAAAAAAAAAAAAAAUGAUAUUCGUUAAAGGAAGCUCAAUCGUUGAUUGUCGGUUAUUUUUGUAGUUGCAUUUUGACAAUAUUUUUUUUUUUAUUCGAUUACUUGUGUAUGAUAAAUUAUUUUUAAUACGAUUUUUCAGAUCGCUUUAAAUCAUGACAGCGCUUUUUAGUAUAAAAUAUAUAUUUAUAUAUAUAUAUACAAUAAUGAUAAAAGAAACGAUUACAAACUGUACUACAAGUAGUACGCGCCCGUGCUACGGAGUACAGUGUUGGUAGUUGGUUUAUUUUAAUUGAUUUUGAACUCUGUAUUAUAUAGGCAUAAGGUUGAUUUUCAUUUGACGUUGAUUUGUCUAAAUGGAGUGACACCGCGCGUGGCGGGAAGCGGCCCUGCGCGCCUCGACACGAGCGCAGAGUCGUCAGUUGAUUGAUAAAAGUUCAAAAUAUUUUUUUAGUAUCGUAUCGUAGGAUAAGUCACUUUAUAAUUAAUUGCGCGUAGUUUAGUUGACUUUCUCUUCCAUUUAGCGUUAUAUCUUAAGUUCUUUCGUUUUUAAUGAUCGUCUAUGAUGACGUAGGUGCGUACGAGACAGGUUAUACCAUCAGGGAUCUGUUGUCUCCGGCCGAGGAGGCACUCGGGGUCGUUCUGUUCCGUUCGUAGACAGUCCUGGAGACUGUCGACUUGAGGCUUAGUUUUCAAUCAAUGUAUCGCGUCCGGCGCGCUGCGGCACUUUAUAAUGGACCGUAUGUUUCUCAGUUCAAAUGCAUAGUUUAAAAUAUCAUUACAAGAAAGCUCUUAUUAUAAAAAUGAAUAAUAUUAAUUAAAUAUAAAUGUGCCAUUCAUUUUGCUA